GAAAAAAAAGUGCAUGUGCCAGCAGAACUGAGAAAGUUCAUAGAGUCGAGGUGCAGGAUGUCCCGUUAAGGAGAAAAGAAAAUCCUGCAAAGGAGCAGAAGCAACACAAGCUCCCGGGGUAAAGCAGUGCAACCCAGAGCAAAAGAAAUUCACCACACCUAUAUUUUUAAAGUGGGAAAAUGGGCUUUCCGACGAUAUUUAGUUGUCGCCGGAUUGUUCUCAAGGUGUUUUUGGUUCAGUUCAUCGCCUUUCAAGCAACAUAUGCUGCUCCUUCGCCUAUAAUCAGGUUUCCUGGAGACGAUACUACUCCCAAAACAGACAAAGAGGUUGCUUUGCACUAUCUGAAUAAGUUUUAUGGAUGCCCGCAAGACAGAUGUAACCUAAUGGUGCUAAAGGACACCCUGAAGAAAAUGCAAAAGUUCUUCUCUCUGCAAGAAACUGGAGAGAUUGAUGCCAAAACUGUGGAAAUCAUGAAAAAGCCCCGCUGUGGCGUCCCAGAUGUGGCCAACUACAAUUUCUUCCACAGGAAACCCAUGUGGCAGAAGAAAGACAUAACUUACAGAAUCCUUGGCUACAGUCCUGACCUGGAUGAGGAAGUCAUAAAUGACGCUUUCUUCAGAGCCUUCAAAGUAUGGAGUGACGUCUCCCCACUCUCGUUUACCCGCCUCAUGGACGGAGAGGCUGACAUCAUGAUUAAUUUUGGCCGCAAUGAGCACGGAGAUGGUUACCCCUUUGACGGCAAAGAUGGCCUCUUGGCUCAUGCCUUCGCUCCAGGGCCGGGAAUUGGGGGGGACUCCCACUUUGAUGAUGAUGAGCAGUGGACACUGGGAGACGGUCAAGUGGUAAAGGUAAAAUAUGGCAAUGCUGAUGGGGAGUUCUGUAAAUUCCCCUUCCUGUUCAUGGGCACUGAGUACAACAGCUGCACAGCCCAGGGCCGUGAUGAUGGCUUCCUGUGGUGCUCAACCACAUACAAUUUCGAUGAAGAUGGCAAAUAUGGAUUUUGCCCCCAUGAAUUACUAUUCACCAUCGCUGGAAACGCAGAUGGCGCUGCAUGUAAAUUCCCUUUCACCUUUCUGGGAGAGAAGUAUGAUGCAUGCACCACUCAAGGCAGGGAUGAUGGGUACCGCUGGUGUGCCACCACUGAGAACUAUGACCAGGACAAAACCUUUGGGUUCUGCCCUGAAACUGCCAUGUCCACGGUGGGCGGAAACGCAGAGGGAAGCCCCUGUGUCUUCCCCUUCACCUUCUUGGGUGACACCUACGACUCCUGUACCUCAUCUGGACGCAGCGAUGGUAAAAUGUGGUGCGCUUCCACCAAGAGUUAUGAUGACGACCGCAAAUGGGGAUUCUGUCCAGACCAAGGCUACAGUUUGUUCCUGGUGGCAGCCCAUGAGUUUGGUCAUGCCCUUGGCUUGGAGCACUCUCAGGACCCCGGAGCAUUGAUGGCCCCUAUUUACACUUACACCAAAGACUUCAGACUUCCUGAUGAUGACAUUAAAGGCAUCCAAGAGCUCUACGGUGUGCCGACAGACAAGCCGUUGCCUCCAACCCGGGGUCCAGUCACUCCAAUGGACAUCUGUAAAGAGCCACUUGUCUUUGAUGCUGUAGCACAGAUCAGAGGAGAGACCUUCUUCUUCAAGGACAGGUUCCUGUUCAGGUCAGUAAACUUCAGAAGCAAGCCCAACGGCCCUAUGCUGGUGGCCACCUACUGGCCAGACCUGCCUGCCAAGAUAGAUGCUGCCUAUGAAAACCCAGUGGAGGAAAAAACAGUGUUCUUCUCAGGCAACGAGAUGUGGGUCUACAAAGCCGAUGAGCUGGAGAGAGGCUAUCCCAAGAGGAUUUCAAGUCUUGAUCUACCCACCGACCUGCAGCAAAUUGACGCUGUCUUCAACUUUAGGAAGAACAGGAAGACUUACCUGUUUGCUGGGGACAAAUUCUGGAGAUACGAUGAAGAUAAUAAGAAAAUGGAUCUUGGCUUCCCCAAACUUAUUGCUGACUCCUGGAAUGGAAUCCCAGAUGGCAUAGAUGCUGCCUUCAGUCUUAAUGGCAUUGAUUACAGUUACUUCUUCAAAGACAACCACUAUUUCAAACUGGAAGACAGCAGCUUGAAGAUUGUCAAAUUGGGUGAAAUCACAAAGGACUGGCUCGGUUGUUGAGCAUUUCCAAAAC